AUGACUUAUUCUGAUACAUUUAGAAAUACUUUUGUGGUUGACCUUCUUGAGUUGGCUGGUUUGGUUAAAGUUAGCAGCAAUUUUGUGCCACAGCCUUCCAAGCCUGUGAAGUCUGGUCUGUCAAAUGUUUCUCUUGAUAAGGAAGAGGAUAGUGAUAACGAGGCUGAGCCUACUACAGUAAGAGAUGAAGAGUUGACUAUUGGUGAUGAGAAGAAAGAGGAUGAAGAGGAAGAAGGAGUUGCUGCUCCUCCCGAUCCAUUUUUGGUUGACUGGAAUGGUCCUGAUGAUCCUGAAAACCCUCAAAACUGGCCUUCUUGGAAGAAGGGCAUUACUGUGUUUCAAGUGAUGCUUUUGACUUGUGCUACUUAUAUGGGCUCGUCUAUUUAUACUCCUGGUCAGGAAGAAAUCCAAGAACAGUUUGGUGUUGGCCAUGUUGCUGCUACUCUUAAUCUUUCUGUUUAUGUUUUUGGUUACGGUCUUGGUCCUAUGAUCUUCUCUCCUCUAUCUGAGGAAGUCAAGAUUGGCAGAAACCGUCUUUACAUUGUGACUUUGUUCCUCUUUUUCAUAUUUCAAAUUCCUGCUGCUUUGGCUACUAAUCUUGGUGGUCUUAUUGUAGUCCGAUUUAUUGCCGGAUUUUUGUCGAGUCCUGCUAUUUCUACUGGAGGUGCUACUCUUGGUGAUUUUGUUUCUAGUGAAAAGCUUCCCCUGUUGAUCGGUGCUUGGGCUUGUGGUGCUGUAGCUGCUCCAUCUGCUGCUCCUCUUCUUGGUGCUGCUAUGACUGUUGCCAAGAACUGGCGUUACACCUUCUGGCUGUUGCUUGCUAUCUGUGCUUUUACUUUCCUUGUUAUGUCUUUCUUCUUUUCUGAGACUCUUCCUGCUAAUGUUUUACAUAGGCGUGCCAAUCGUAUUCGCAAGGAGACUGGCGAUGACCGUUAUUACACUGUUGCUGAGCUUGCUCAACAAGGUAAAGACUGGCCUUCUACUAUCAAGGAGAGUCUAUGGCGUCCUUUGGUUUUGAUAAUUACUGAACCUGGUGUGCUUGCAAUGGAUUCGUAUAUUGCUUUGGUGUACGGAUGUUUCUACCUUUUCUUUGAAGCUUUCCCAAUUGUUUUUGUUGGUAUCUACGACUUUAGUUUGGUUGAGCUUGGAACUGCUUAUGUUGGUUUCAUUGUAGGAUGUGCCAUGGCUUAUGGAGUUCUUUUGGCCUUUAUGGUUGUUAUUGUCAAGCCCCGUAUUAUGGCUGCUAAGUUUGUUCCUGAACAUUUCUUGAUUCUUGCCAUGUGGGUCUGUAUGCUCUUGCCAUUCUCUCUCUUCUUGUUUGGAUGGACUGCCAAGGUUCACUGGAUUCUUCCUGUCAUUGCUGAAGUUUUCUUUGUUAUUGGUACUUUCAACCUCUUCCAAUGUGCCUUUGGUUACCUCGCUAGCAGCUAUCCUCGUUACAUUGCCUCUGUAUUUGCUGGCAAUGCCUUGGUUCGUUCCACCUUUGCUAGUGCAUUCCCAUUGUUCGGUCAAGCUAUGUACAAUGGAUUGGCCAUUGACGGAUAUCCAGUUGCAUGGGGCUCCAGUUUAGUGGGCUUUGUCACUCUUGCCAUGGCUGCCAUUCCAUUUGUUCUAUACAAGUAUGGACCAGCUCUUAGAGGAAAGUCUCAAUACGCCAAUUAA